AUGGCCGCCAUAAGAAUAGCCCAAUCCCAACGGCAACGCGCCGUGAACCUCCUCCGCACCAUCAACUCCGGCACCUGCUUGUGCCCGGCCCACUCCAACCCCGGAGCGCCACACCACCAUGGGCAUGUCAACCCUUACGCUGGCAAGGUGCGAUCGCUGGCCACGCCGGUGGAUCUGAGCCGGCAGAAGGAGUAUGCGUUUGAGAUGGCGGCGAGUUCUAUCCGGUUUGGACCCGGGUGUACGAAGGAGGUUGGGAUGGAUUUUGCGAAUUUGGGGGCCAAGAAGGUCAUGGUAGUGACGGAUGGUGUGGUGGAGAGGCUGGAUGCUAUGAAGCAGGUUGUCGAGGGGUUGGAGAGGGAGGGGAUUAAGUAUGAGGUUUAUAAUAAGGUGAAAGUGGAGCCGAAGGAUUAUUCGAUAAGGGAAGCUAUUGAUGCGGCGAAGCCGUAUCAGCCUGAUGCGUUUCUGGCAGUGGGAGGUGGAAGUGUCAUGGAUACGGCGAAACUCAUGAACUUGUACACGACCUUUCCCGAGGCUGAGUUUCUGGACUUUGUCAAUGCGCCACUGGGGAAGGGAAUGCCAAUCCGGUCGAAGCUGAAGCCUCUGAUUGCUGUGCCGACAACAGCAGGAACUGGGUCCGAGACGACUGGAACUGCCAUCUUCGAUCUGGUUGACAAGAAGUCAAAGACUGGCAUCGCUCACCGUAACUUGAAGCCCACCCUCGGAAUAUGCGAUCCCAUCAACACCCGAACCAUGCCCUCCGCCGUCCAUGCCUCCUCCGGUCUCGAUGUCCUCUGCCACAGCUUAGAGUCCUGGACUGCCAUCCCCUACCACGAGCGCAUCCCACGCCCAACCAACCCCAUCAACCGCCCAGCCUACCAAGGCGCCAACCCCAUCUCCGACAUCUUCUCCCUCCAAGCCCUCCGCGACACCGUCAAGUACCUCCCCCGCGCCGUCAAGGAUCCCGACGACUGGGAAGCACAAUCGAAAAUGUUGCUAGCCGCCACCCUCGCCGGUGUAGGUUUCGGCAACGCAGGCGUUCACCUUUGCCAUGGCAUGUCCUACCCCAUCUCCUCCCAGAACCCGGGCUACCAACACUCCGGCUACGAAGUCGACCACCCCAUCAUCCCCCACGGCGUCUCCGUCGCCGUCAGCGCCCCCGCCGUCUUCAAGUUCACUGGCCCUUCGAACCCGGAGCGUCAUCUUGCCGCGGCGGAAUGCUUCGGCGUCGACAUCUCCAACGUGAAGAAGGAGAGUGCGGGAGAAGUGCUCUCAGAGGCUCUGGCGAACUUCCUUGUCAACCUUGGCGAUCAGCCGAGAGGUCUGAAGCAUCUGGGCUUCGGCAACAGUCAUAUCGAGACUCUCGUUGAGGGAACUUUGCCACAGGCUAGAGUGCUGAUGUUGGCGCCGAAUUUGGAUACGAGUGGUGGGCAGGAGGAGAGGGAGCAGCUUACGAGGUUGUUUGAGGAUGCUAUGGAGUAUUAA